AUGGAAUCGCGUACAAAAGUCAAGGCAGGCACGCCAGUGCAACUCCCACCUGUCAUCGACCCAGUGCGUGAGCGCUACCCGUUCUGCAUUAUUUGGUCGCCUAUUCCGGUCCUAUCGUGGAUUCUGCCGUUCGUGGGUCACACGGCCGUCUGCGACAGCCAGGGCCACAUCUACGACUUCCAAGGGGCGUACCGAAUUGGGCAAGACCGCAUGCUGUUCGGCAACCCCGUCAAGUACUGGGACGUCUCCCGCGACUACAUCCCGUCCUUCUACCUCGACCACCAAAACUCGGCAGAGAGGGAGGAGGCGGUGAAACGUGAGGUGGCCGCGUACGAUGCAGCCCUCAUGUCCACCAUCAACCACUUCCGCCAGACUGAGGUGUACAACUUUUUUACAAACAACUGCCAUUCUUUCGUGGCGGCGUCGAUGAACGAGCAGCAGCUGAAGAAGCAGCACAUGGGGAUCGUGAGCAUCGCGAUUGGGAUGAUGAGGCACGGCCGCUACAUCAGCUUCGCCCGCUUCCUGAAGGCACAUCUGCCCUCUGUCCUGUUAAUAGCGGUCAUCCUCACCCUCGCCUUUCUGCUAUAA